AUGAGCCAGCGAUCAACAGUCACCAUCAAGUCAGGGGGCACCCGGAACUUCAGCACAUCCUCAGCUAGCCUCAUGCCUGGCUGCCGGCCCAGCUUCACCUCCACCUCCGUGUGCCAGACCGGGAAGAGCUUCGGGGGUGGCUUUGGCACCCGGAGCCUCCACAACCUGGCUGGCAGCAAAAGAAUCUCUGUCAGCGGGGGAUAUCGCUCCAGCCGGGCCAGCUUGGGGGGUGCUGGCUAUGGGCUGGGUUUCGGGGGCAGAGUAGGAGGUGUCAGCAGUAGCUAUGGCAUGGGAGGUGGGAUGGUGUGUGGACCUGGGGGCAUCCAGGAGGUGACUGUCAACCAGAGCCUCCUGACACCCCUCCACCUGGAGAUCGAUCCCUCGCUCCAGCGGGUGAGGAAGGAGGAGAAAGAGCAGAUCAAGACUCUCAACAACAAAUUCGCCUCCUUCAUUGACAAGGUGCGCUUCUUGGAGCAGCAGAACAAGGUCCUAGAGACGAAAUGGAGCCUACUGCAGGAGCACAAAACAACCAGGGCCAACUUAGAGCCCAUGUUUGAAACCUAUAUCAGCAACCUUAGGCGGCAGCUGGACUGCCUGGGUGGAGAGCGCUCCAGGCUGGAGACAGAGCUGAAGAACAUGCAGGACGUGGUAGAGGACUUCAAGAACAAAUAUGAAGAGGAAAUCAACAGGCGCACAGCAGCAGAGAAUGAAUUUGUGAUGCUCAAGAAGGAUGUGGAUACUGCCUAUAUGAAUAAGGUGGAGUUGGAGGCCAAGGUGGAUGCCCUCAUGGAUGAGAUCAACUUUCUGAGGGCUUUCUUCGAGGCAGAGCUGGCUCAGCUGCAGGCCCAGAUUUCAGAAACCUCCGUAGUCCUGUCCAUGGACAACAACCGCAAGCUGGACCUAGACAGCAUCAUCUCUGAGGUCAAGGCCCAAUAUGAGGACAUUGCCAACCGCAGUCGAGCUGAGGCUGAGUCCUGGUAUCAGACCAAGUAUGAGGAGCUGCAGCGGUCUGCUGGCCAGCAUGGGGAUGACCUUCGGACCACUAAGAUGGAGAUCUCAGAGCUGAAUCGAAUGAUGCAAAGGCUGCGCUCUGAGAUCGACAACCUCAAGAAGCAGUGCGCCAGUCUCCAGGCUGCCAUUGCUGACGCUGAGCAGCGUGGGGAACUGGCACUCAAAGAUGCCAGGAACAAGCUGGCCGAACUGGAGGAUGCCCUGCAGAAGGCCAAGCAGGAGAUGGCACGGCAGCUGCGGGAGUACCAGGAGCUAAUGAAUGUGAAGCUGGCCCUGGACAUGGAAAUUGCCACUUACCGCAAGCUGCUGGAGGGCGAGGAAUGCAGACUCACUGGAGAAGGAGUCGGGCCUGUGAACAUCUCUGUGGUCUCCUCCUCCUGUGGCAGUGGCGGGUACAGCGCUGGUGGUGGCCUCGGCCUCUGUGCAAGCACCAGCGGUUUUGGAGGGGGCUACAGCAGUGGCUUCAGCGCCAGCAGUGGCCGCAACAUGGGGAGCAGCUCCAGUGUGCGCGUUGUGACCAAGACCUCAUCCACCAAGAAAAGUUACAGAAGUUAA